GUUCUUUUACGACAUCGAAACUACAACUUAAAUUGUUUUUAAAAAGAAUAACGUUGCGUUGUUUUACGUAUGCUAAGUGUAAGCAUAAAUUAUUAUUGUAAGUGCUUACACAAUGAUUUACGUUCAUUACUUCAUAUAAUCCAUAUAUAAAUGUAAGAUUUAUUAUGAAUCCUGAAAAUAAAUUGAAUAUGGAUCCAACUUUGGCCUCCGAAUCUGGAAAUAUACAAACACAGUAUGCUUCUUUUCAAAACUUUGAACAAUUUACGACAUCCGGAUAUACAAACACUCCUAUAUAUAUUACGAAACCGUCAGCAAUCGGCCAGAUUUCGCAUAUUUCCCCGCAUUGUUCAGUUCUCGGGCCUCAAAACAAAAUUGAAACGACUUCUACAGACAUUCCCGGAAAUGAAGAUCAUACAUUGACAUCAACAGUAAGAUAUGUAAAAGCUGCUCAGUUCGAAGAAGCGCCAGAAUAUAGCCUUGGUGGUGUAUCUUGUGGUAUAGAGUCUCAGUAUACAGAUGAAUCCGUUGUACCAUACUGUUAUACUUCGGAAACUAAUUAUACGGGAACUCAAAGCACAAGCACAAACAAGAAACAAUUUCCUGGAAGACCGUAUGAUGAUAGCCUUAAUGGGUCCGAACCUGUUGUGGAUGUCCAAGGUCGAACGUUCGAAGGUCCAGUUUUAGAAUUUAAAUUACCACAGUUUGCCAUGAGUGCAUUAAGUACUGCUCCUCAAACAUUGGGAGAAAAAGAGGACUAUAUAGGGGAAUCAGAAAAUGAUCUUUGUUCACCAAUGAGAUGGCGUGAUCCCAAUCUUUCGGAAGUAAUAAGCUUUUUAAGUAAUCCGAACAACUCUAUUAAGGCAAAUGCAGCAGCAUAUUUACAACAUUUAUGUUAUAUGGAUGACCCCAAUAAGCAACGUACAAGAUCGUUAGGCGGAAUACCACCUUUGGUUCGACUGCUAUCCUAUGACUCUCCAGAAAUACAUAAAAAUGCUUGUGGAGCUCUUCGAAACCUAUCAUACGGCAGACAAAACGAUGAAAACAAGCGCGGAAUAAAAAAUGCUGGUGGAAUAGAAGCUUUGGUUCAUCUCCUUUGCCGGUCCCAAGAAACAGAAGUCAAGGAAUUGGUAACUGGAGUUUUAUGGAACAUGUCUUCUUGUGAAGACCUAAAACGGUCAAUUAUUGAUGAAGCUCUGGCUGCCAUAGUAUGCAGCGUUAUAAAGCCACAUUCUGGCUGGGAUGCCGUUUGCUGUGGAGACACUUGUUUUUCAACAGUAUUUCGAAAUGCUUCAGGUGUACUGCGCAAUGUAAGCUCAGCAGGAGAGCAUGCAAGAGGUUCUCUGCGGAACUGCGACAAUUUAGUUGAAUGUCUGCUUUAUGUUGUCCGAACAGCGAUUGAAAAAAACAAUAUUGGAAACAAAACGGUAGAAAAUGGUGUAUGCAUACUUCGUAAUUUAUCAUACCGAUGUCAAGAAGUUGAAGAUCCCAAUUACGACAAGCAUCCUUUUAUAACGACAGAACGAAUACUCCCAACUUCAUCCAAAGGCGAACAUUUAGGCUGUUUUGGAACCAGUAAAAAGAAGAAAGAAUCUUCGCAUCCUGGAUCUUCACAAGAAUACAACAGUUCAACGGAAUAUACUAAGAAUUCGGUGACUACCAACCAAUUGCAGAAAGGAUAUGAACAAUUAUGGCAACCAGAAGUGAUUCAAUACUAUUUAUCAAUAUUGCAAAGUUGUUCCAAUCCAGAAACCCUUGAGGCUGCUGCUGGUGCGAUUCAAAAUUUAUCUGCAUGCUAUUGGCAACCCAGCAUUGACAUUCGUGCCACAGUGCGCAAAGAGAAAGGUCUACCGAUACUUGUAGAGCUUCUUCGGAUGGAAGUAGAUCGCGUAGUCUGUGCAGUUGCCACAGCUUUACGAAAUCUAGCCAUUGAUCAACGUAAUAAAGAACUUAUUGGAAAGUAUGCUAUGCGGGACUUAGUUCAAAAACUUCCAUCUGGGAACAUCCAACACGACCAAAAUACAUCAGACGAUACAAUAACAGCGGUAUUGGCAACAAUUAAUGAAGUUAUUAAAAAAAAUCCCGAGUUCUCACGUUCUCUAUUAGAUGCAGGCGGGAUUGAACGACUUAUGAAUAUAACGAGACGAAAAGAACAAUAUAACCCUUGUGUUUUAAAAUUUGCUAGUCAAGUUUUGUACACGAUGUGGCAGCAUAACGAACUACGUGAGGUUUAUAAAAAAAACGGAUGGAAAGAACAGGAUUUCGUUAGCAAAAACUUUGCCUCACAUAGCACGCCGCCAAGUUCCCCAAAUAACGCCAACAAUACUUUAAAUAGACCAAUGGCUUCGCAAGGACGUACCCGAUAUGAAGAUAGAACCAUUCAGCGUGCAACAAGCAACUCAUAUAGAAAUAAGGAUUUAAGUGUUUCCGUCAUGUCUAAUAAUGAUUCAGACCUGCUGUCGGAAAUGGUUAGAAAGCAGUUAUAAAAUGUGUUCUAGCUUGUUAAUUAUUUUAUUAGUAUCUACAUAAAAAGUAUUUACAUUUUUAAAUUAUCCCGAAAAGCUCAUACCUAUUUAUUUAGAACUACGGUUUUUACAGCAUUACCCAACAUAAUUUGUAAAAGAACAUAUUUAAAUAUUAAGUACACUAAUCUAAAAACAUAAUGAAU